GGACUUUAAUAAAAAUUAUUUUUAAAAGGUCGAGGACUUUAAUUUUGUCAUGUGACGUGACUUCCGCUGACGGUUCUGUAGCAAGAUGGCGGCGAGCGGCAGCGGCGAUGAUGCGUUUCAGACCUUCUACACCGAGGUGAAGCAGAUCGAGAAGAGAGACUCUGUGUUGACCUCCAAACAGCAGAUCGACAGAUUACUGCGACCAGGAGCCUCGUACUUCAACCUCAACCCCUUCGAGGUUCUUCAGAUCGAUCCUGAAGCCACAGCACGAGGACUGAAGAAGCGUUUCAGACAGCUGUCCAUCCUCGUCCAUCCAGACAAGAACCAGGACGAUGCGGAUCGAGCCCAGCUGGCCUUCGAAGCGGUCGAUAAGGCCUAUAAGAUGCUGCUGGAGCCGGAGCAUAAGAAGAAGGCGCUGGACGUGAUCCACGCGGGGAAGGAGUACGUGGAGCACACGAUGAGCCAGAAGAAGAAGCAGCUCAAGAAGGACGGGAAGCCCCCAGUGGUGGAGGAGGACGACCCGGAAGUGUUCCGGCAGGCGGUUUAUAAACAGACCAUGAAGCUCUUCGCUGAGCUGGAGAUCAAGAGGAAAGAGCGAGAAGCCAAGGAGAUGCACGAGAGGAAGAGACAGAGGGAGGAGGAGAUUGAGACGCAGGAGCGGGCCAAGAGAGAGCGAGAGUGGCAGAAGAACUUUGAGGAGACACGUGACGGACGCGUGGACAGCUGGAGGAACUUCCAGGCCAAAGGCAAGACUAAGAAAGAGAAGAACCGCACGUUCCUCAAGCCGCCCAAAGUCAAGAUGGAGCAGCGCGAGUGAGACGCUCCUAAAACGCUCUGCUGUACAGACGAUGAAGAUCCUGAGCCUCAAUAACAGACACCUUUCCUUCUGCAGAUAAACAUUCGUUUGUAGAUAU